UGAACAGUCAAAACCGUUCAUUGUGUCACAACUGUUCGGACGUGCGUGUGGUGUCGUCUUCUCAACGGGGUCGAUUGUGCGAAAGAUGCAGUAAUCGAAGUGAAAGUGUGCUCGUGUGACCGCACUAGCAUCCCUGCUGAGAAGAUGGGCUUUUAAUAGCAAUACCACCAACCGUAGGAAGAAGAAUAGUGUUUACACGUGCCCAAUAGGUUCGUCGCCGCGAGAAGAGGUCGCCUCAGAAAAAAGGAAAUAAUUAAGCUGUCCUCCACUCGUUGUUCGCUGUUCUCGGUGUUCUGUGCGGUGCCCUUGCAGUUUGGUUUGCAUCCCUUCGCACCAUCAUAAAGUAGGCUGUGGAAUAAUACCGCAGUUCCUGUGUGGUGUGUAUGUGUGCAGAAAAGGAAAAAUUACGCACACAGCAUCGCAUCGCAUUCGGGCACAGCAUACAAAUCAUCGAGUAGUUAAACAAAUUACAAAGAAUCAAAGUGACUGCGGAAAACCAUCACCAUGGCUACGUCCAACAAGGAGAUGGAAGAGACGGAAGAUAACACUGAGCUCGAUCCAAGGAUCCAGAUCGAGCUCGAGAAUCUCAACACGGCAACGGAUGGUAUUAACAAGCUCGAGAUUGAGCUGGAGGAAGCCAACUCCACGUUUCGGAUACUGAUGAACGAAUCGACCCGCCGGCUGAAGCUAUCGUCGAAAAAGUUCGGCAGCUGCAUCGAGAAAGCCCGCCCGUACUACGAAUUGCUCGAGAAGGCGAAGGUGGCCCAGCUGGAAUGUCAGGCGGCCACGCUAAAGUAUCAGCGCGCGAACGAGAUUCAUGCGGCGGCCAAGGAGACGGUAGCGUUGGCGGAGCAGCGCUUCAUGAGCAACUCGCACGAAUGGCAGUUCGAUAAUGCCUGGCAGGAGAUGUUGAACCACGCGACGAUAAAGGUUAUGGAUGCAGAGAAACAAAAGGCUGAAAGUGGUGCUGAACAUCAGAAGAAGGCAAAGGUGUUCGAGGAGGCAGAAAAGAAUGUACAACUACUGGAGGAACGCUACCGAAGAAGUAUAUGUAAAUCGCGCCCGUACUUCGACGAGAAGCAGCUCUGCCAGGAACAGCUGGAGGCACAAAAGGGUCGCAUACAGCAGCUCGAACAACAAAUCCAAGCGGCCAAGCGCGCAUACAGUACGGCGCUCCGGAAUCUGGAAAAGAUUAGCGAAGAAAUCCACGAACAGCGUGGCGAUCUUAGCCAGGCCGCACCUUCCGGUCCCCGGGAACCGGGUGUCGGGGCCGAGCUAGCCAACAUUUUGCCCACCACAACGAAGCCCGCACCGUGCAAGGAUCGGUUCCCGUACAGCAGCACCAUGCCGGACAUCUCGAGCGAGCUGGACAAGUGUGAGAUCCGUUCGGUUGGUAGUGCGUCGGUCGCCACCAGCUCGGCUGUCAGCGAAAAGGACCCAUCGGAAGAGGACGAUUACUCCGGCAUGACGCUACACGAAGAUGACGAUCCGUCUUCUUCGGUGGCGCACGAUGAUGAUCUGCAUCUGGAGCUGUUGCGGCAGAAGGUACGCACGUUGGCGGUACGGCCGGUUGAAGGCGGAGAUGGUCAGCAGCAGGAGCAGGACGUGUGGGAACACGAACUAAAUGCCACGGUCGAUAAGCUCGACCAUCUGAUGAUGUUGCGUGAGUGUUCGCGUAGCAGCACCUUGAGCGGAUCGGGUGUCACCGGUGGUACUGCGGCCAGCGAAAACGGCGCAACGUUCCGUAGUCUACCGACUACGCCGAAGCAUCAUCAGCUUCAACACCACCAGCAGCAACAACAACCUCCGAUUGGCCGUGGCGUAUCCCUUUCACCGGUCGAUUCACCCGCGCACGAGCAGCACACGAUCAAAAUGUUCAAAAAGCUCGAUCCCCUACCGUUGGCCAACGUUUCAAUGUACGCGCUUCCAACGUAUCUGAGUGUGGCCACGAAUGGUAGUCCCCAUGCCGGGGACAGCUUGCUCACCCCAAUCUCUGCCACCUCGACGGGCGAUAUGGGCGACCUGAGCGAGGCUGGACUGAACACGAAGCUAAAGCGUAAGAUGUCCAUGUAAACCUUACCCCCCUUUUUGGCGGUCGGUUGGAGUGAUUAGCAAUAGUAUUAGUAUAGUAGCGUUUAGUCUUUUUAAGACCAGGAGGGAGGCCAUACCGUGGCCUUUCGCUUUUCUUCCCUCCAUGAUGGGGUGUGCAGCUCGAUUAGAUUUUAUUUCCAUUUUCUUUGCGUUUACCAUUUAAAAUUCGGCGUAGUGUUUAAGUAUAGAGAACGUACGUAUAUUAUAAAAAGGAAAAACGAUUUACCUAGAAAGCGAGCUUGAGCUACGUCUCCUGCUUAUAUGUUGUAGUGUUAAAAGGAUUUAGUAGAGGAAGAAAGGUAGAUGCUAAAGUUUUAACGUUUUAAAAUGAUUCACCAGAAACACAGUACACUAAGAGAGAUAAAGAUGUAUGAUGAGCAAGCGAAACAAACAAGCAUACCGUACGGAUCUUCCUGCCCAGAGAUAGCGUAGAUAUGUUAUAAAAAUUCACGUUUUUAGAGAAGGUACCACACAGCAAAAGGUAAAUGAUUGCAAAACAGAACAAAAAAGAAUAACGUCUGGUGUCUUGGUCAAAGUGAAUAUGGCGGGCUACCCGGCCCAAAGCCAACAAAAUGAUUUUUCAAACAAGUAAUGAAGUACUCGUUUUGUACUCUUCUACAAUUACGUUUUUUUGGAAUCAAUCCUAGCCUCUUGUUUUACAAAUAUUCCUAACAUCAAGAUUUUAAUAUUUUAAUACGAUUUUCCCUUUUGCCCCUGUACCGUUUUUCCUUUGACCAGGACCGUAGACAAACGUCCUUCAAUGGGGAGUUUAUUGAUAUAACGCGUAAAGUUGCGUAAAAGAACAAACAUUUGCAUGCAUUACAUUACACACUGUGAUUAGAAGGAAGCCGGUACAGAUCAGCGACGGAAUAGCAAAAGCAAUUAAGGCAAUUAAACAUAUAACACACGUUUAAUCGGUGCACUUUAGCAGCUAGACAGACAGACACAUUUAACUUAAAUACAAAUUACAAUCCCUCGUGCUCGGGUUCGCGAUACGGUUGAGGGGAUGCAUUUUAGCCCUUUACUUAAUGAUUAGUGGUAACGGAAAUUCGAUCGUCCCUAUUGCGCAUAUCUGUAGCAGUUUAUCUGUUCUGCACAAUCAUCUGUUAUUGAGUAAUUUAUUUAAUGUUUUAUCCUUCUGCAAUCACCGCACUCACCGGGAAGAUGCAUUUAGUACUGUGCAUUUUUGUUAAUGUUUCAAUUUUUAAGCAAUAUUGCUAUAACGAUAAUAAUAAUAAUAGUAUUCUGCCUUUUUGAAAUGGAAAAAAAGCUACCGGACAAAGAAGGCUAACAAUGCAUCCCCCCAUCAAGUACCUACGGGGUUUUUUUUAACCUUUUUGUUUUUGCUAUUCUUAGGCACGUUGAUGCGAAUACGUAGAUUGGUUGCUAGGCGAUUGGUUUAGUAGGCUGCAAAUAAGGAACGCUACCACAAACAGCUACUACACGGUCUGCUCCGUAUAGGCAAAACAAAGGAAGAUCAUUUUGGGCUAAUUAUAGUUAGUGUUUAGCGCAACCGGAAGGUGAGCGUAGAGGAAUCGUGCGCGCGUGAUUACUAGAAAACCUCUAAAGUUUAACAAACUAAUUCGUUUUAUUUUCUCUCCCUACUGCAGAAGUAAGAUAACGGAGCGAACUGUCUGUUAUUGGAAGAACAUGAAUAAAAACAUCCAAACAAAACAAACUUUAACU